AUGCCUAUCAAACUACCCAAGAGCUUCAACCGGCGGAAGUCGUCUGGUAACGUGCUGGAGGACGUGGAGGCCCCUCAAUCCUCCUUUCGAGUUUUCGAGCGACCCGGUCCCCAACGAUCCAUGACAGACGGAGCGCCCUUGAUGAAGCGAUUCAGCGAAGGCAAUGUGGUGCCAUCGAUGCUAGAAGACGACAACAUAUUUGCCGAGACCGAGCGACCCCUGGACAAACAUCGUGGCAACUACGAAAGUUCUACGUCAACAAGGUUAAGCUCGUCGUCCACCCUGCCGUCAUCUACAGAGGUCCCUCCGCCCGACGAGACCCAAUCCCCGCAUUCCAGAAUCCAUGACAUACCCGAUCCAUCCCCGCUCUCAGGUGCCCUGCGUGCCGCAGGGAGGACAUUCUCCUUCGGUGGACGCUUCUCGAAGUCGUCUGCGCCCGUUGUUCCUCGACAGGGAACCCCAGAUGCCGCGAAGACCCGUCCUGUGACCGGCAGCACCGACAGCACGGCGACACCUCCCAAGCUGCCCGAUACAAACUUCACUCUUGGCUCGAGCGAUGAUUUCAAUAAGAUGUUCGACAACAUGAACUCCCGACAGAGUGUGAUGCGGGAUCCUUCGCCUCAACCGGGAAAGUACUCCUCGUCUCCCCCGACUCAUGCCCUCCCCGGUUUCCAGUCUAGCAGGGCUGGCGCGCCUGCUCCGAUUAACACCGAUCGAUCCCCUGUCAUCGAGUCACCUCCCUACUCCUGGGACCGUGGUCACCGUAGUCGCCCAUCCGAAGAGGGACUGCUACAUAACCCGGAUGCGUACUCAGCAAACCACAGCCAGUCCACCCUCGAUACAGUGACUGCUUUGCGAAGACCAUCACCGUCGCCGAAUCUCGUAUCCGAGGCCACCACUUCCCAUCGUUCUUUGGAUCGACCCAGCAGAGGACAGUCCGACCGGGGGUUGUUGCGGAGGAGUGGCGUUUACUCACCACAGCGGGAAUCCGUGCCCUUUGACGAUGAGGAUGCAAAAAUGGUCCGGCAAUCUCUCAUGUGGAGCAAGGAAGGCUCUGCAGAGUGGGCCGAUGCUCCCAGCUCCGGUGGGCCUUCUGCUGUGGACAAGGGCAAGGGAGUCGCUUAUGCUCAGCACCUGAGCCCCGAACCUGAUAAUAUGUUCCAGUACCGUCGUUCGCCUGCACCUGCCGACCCUGUGGAUGCCUCGAUCGCGGACAAUGCACGAUUGGCCGUGCAAUUUGCUGAAAGCAUGCCUAAGUCGACUUCUCCCGGCAACAAGGUAAUGACACCGUCUCAGUUUGAGCACUACCGCCAACAGCAAGAGCUCCGACGGUCAAAUAGUAAUGCCACCAAGAGUGACGAAGAGUCCGAGCAUGACGACUUCGACGAUGAGGAAGAUGAAGUAGAGAAACAGCGUGAGACGGAACGGCAACGACGGAAGCAAGAGGCCCAUCUCUCCGUUUACCGCCAGCAGAUGAUGAAAAUCACUGGUCAACAAGCACCCGCGCAAUCUCUGCACCCAAUGACGAGUGGAGGUAGCAGCAGCACACCCAAUCUGCUUCCGAGCCGUCUCUCCGCCCACGGAGACAAAUCUACUAGCGGCAAGAGCAGCGAGGAGGAGGACGAUGAUGUGCCAUUGGGUAUUUUGGCAGCACAUGGAUUCCCCCAUCGCAAUCGUCCGCCUACCCGCCUGAACAAUGUCAGCUCCAACCCCAACCUUCGUGCGUCCAUGGCCCCGCCGUAUAUCUCGAGUUCGAGCUCGACAACGGGAGCACAAAAUGAAGGCAACCGGGGCAGUCUGCCUGUCUUCGCGAGGAACUUGCCACAGGACCCCUACUUUGGGGCAGGUAUCCACAAUGGUCCCAACCGUGAAUCGCUGGCUAUGGGAGGCGGCGGCAGCGGUGGUUCUGUAUACGGAGGAUCUACCUCUCAUCAGAUGCAUCAGAAUCAGAUGCCUCCCCCGGGAGGCCUUGUUGGUGUUAUCGCGAACGAGGAACGGGCGCGGGCGAUGCGCAGAGGAAGCCCGAACACACACGCAAUGCACGAUAUGGGAGGUGUGCCGAGGCCAUACUCGAUGAUGCCCCAGCAACAAAACAACGUCACCGCCGGAGAACAGGCCUCAAUCCAGCUGUCACAGCAAAUGGGCCACAUGAUGCAGAUGCAGAUGCAGUGGAUGCAGCAAAUGAUGCACAUGCAAGGCGGACAGGGUCAACCCAUGAUGCAGGGCGGUAUGCCUAUGCCGCCAAUGAUGAUGCCUGGAAUGCCGCCCAUGGGUUCACCUUCUAUGACAGGCCCUCCUUCCAUGGCCGGUGUCAACCCAAAUAUGAGACCGAUGUCUAUGCCUGCAGGUUCCACUCUUGGUGUGCCGCCCUCGUUACCUCCUCACAUUGACCAGCGCACAUUGAGCAUGCUAGAUCCGAACAUCUCCACUCGCCGGACCGGUUCUCCCAUGCCGAACCUAUCUGGUAGUCCGUUCCGUCCCAGCACUGGAUACGCGGCUUCCAUUGCUCCAUCGGAGCGUAGCAAUGCCGGCAUGGCAUCUCGCUACCGCCCCGUGUCAGUUAUGCAACCCGAACAAGCCAACCGAGCGGUCUCCCCCAUGAACAAACCCUGGGGCGAUGAAAACCACAACCCCGCCCUGCCCAUGUCGCAAUCACACCCUAACCUACCGAAAUCCUCCCUUGCAACGGUCACAGUGCGGCCAGUCUCACGGAACAGCCCAUCUGGCAACCGAAAGGCCGGAUCCGACGAGGACGACGACGACGACGAGGCAUGGGCUGACAUGAUGAAGAAACGCGACAAGAAGAAGAGCAGCUGGAAGCUGAAGCGGGGGACUUCUGGCUUCGGUGAUCUCCUGAGUGCUGUACACUAA